CCAGCUCGGGCGCGCAGAGGAGGCGCGGCCGCGGAGGGCGGCCGUCAGGCCAGGUAAAAGCGCGCGGCCAGAGGGGCGUCGAGGCGGCGGCGGCAGCAGCCCACCUUCGCCUUGUCCGGAAUUGCGCAGUCAUCGCCCGUGACCCGGGUCAGCCUUCGGGGAGGAGGCGGAGGAGUCGCCGGGAGCGGCCGGGCUUCCCGGCCGGAGCGUUGGAUCUGGACGGAGCUGAGCGACCCGUUCUUGCUUGCUCCCCGGGGGGACGGGGCUGUUUUCGCUCUCAAGGGGCCGGUCGCAGGCGGGGCGAGCUUCUCCCCGACGGAUGGCAGGUCUCAAGGUGCCCUAUAUAUCUUACCAUGGAAAAGUUGGUCUUCUGCCUUCUGUUUAUGAGCGCUGCUGUGAGGGCCAUGAUAUGUCCCAUGCGCUGCAUGUGUCAGAGCCUGUCCCCAUCUUUCACCAUUCUCUGCACAAAAAACGGGCUGCUCUUCGUACCUCCUGCCAUUGACCGACGAACAGCAGAACUCCGGCUGAUGGAUAAUUUCAUCACAACUUUGCGAAGAAAGGACUUUGCAAAUAUGACAGACCUGAUCCAUUUAACACUGUCACGAAAUACAAUUAGUCAUAUUAUGCCUUACACAUUUUUUGAUCUUAAAGGCCUUCAUGCAUUACACUUGGAUAGUAACCGACUCACCCAUAUUGAUGAGGAUCACUUCAAAGGUUUGAUCAACCUUCGCCACUUAAUUCUCAGUAACAACCAAUUACAUUAUAUUUCACCUGGAUCUUUUGAUGAUUUCAUUGACAUGAUUGAGGACCUGGAUCUGUCCUAUAAUAAUCUUGUUAAUGUCCCCUGGGAAACUAUUGGGAGGCUUUCAAAUGCCAAUACUAUUAGUUUGGAUCAUAACCUCAUAGAUUUUGUUCCUGAAGGCAUCUUCUCCAACCUUCACAAACUGGCUCGGCUAGACAUGACUUCUAACCAGUUGAAGAAGAUCCCUCCAGACCCUCUUUUCUCCCGCAUCCCUGUCUAUGCCAAACCCAAAGGUACCCCACUGUCUUCUCUGGUAUUGAGCUUUGGAGGGAACCCGCUACACUGCAACUGUGAGUUAGUGUGGCUACGGCGUCUAACUAGGGAAGAUGACUUGGAAACGUGUGCCUCCCCUCCAGAGCUGAUGGGCAAGUAUUUCUGGUCCAUUAAGGAGGAGGAAUUUGUCUGUGAGCCUCCAAUGAUUACUCACAGAACUGCAAAGCAAGUGAUCAUGGAAGGACAGAGUGUUUCCUUGAAAUGUAGAGCAAUGGGUGAUCCAGAGCCAUAUAUGCGCUGGAUUUCACCUGGAGGAAAACUGGUCUCCAACACUUCUCGAACAAUUUCCCAUGAGAAUGGGACUCUGGACAUUUUAGUGACUUCUAUGGAGGAACAAGGCACAUAUACUUGUAUAGCAUCCAAUGCUGCAGGAGAGUCCACUGCACCAGUUGAACUUCUGGUCAGCCCAUAUGCUCAUCUUGCGAAUAGCACAAGCUGUAACAAAGAAGCUGAGACAGGCCCAUCAGAUAUUCUCAUCUCAGCCAAGUCUAGCUUCUCUAAUGAAACCAAAUCUCACCAAGAGAGGAAAGUUGCUGUUGCUGAGCUGACCUCAUCCUCUGCUCUCAUCCAGUGGCCUUCACAGCACCAUAUUCCUGGAAUACGAAUGUUCCAGAUCCAGUACAACAGCUCUGCUGAUGAUAUCCUGGUAUACAGGAUGAUUCCAGCUGCCAGCAAGUCUUUCUUCCUGACCGACCUGGUUGCUGGGCGUGACUAUGACCUCUGUGUCCUUGCUGUUUAUGACGAUGGUGCGACUUCUCUGACAGCAACCCUGAUGGUGGGGUGUGUGCAGUUCACCACGGAGGAGGCAUACCGGCAGUGUCAGUCCCUCCAUGCCCAGUUUCUUGGUGGAACCAUGAUUAUCAUCAUUGGAGGCAUCAUUGUGGCCUCCGUCCUUGUUUUCAUCUUCAUGCUGCUGCUGAAAUACAAAGUUUACAUCAACCAUCACAAAACCAAAAACACGGAAGUGAAUAACGUUUGCUCCCAAACCAAUGGUACUAGUCAAAGUAACUCUGUGGCACAGUCCAGUUCCAAACUGGCUGAAUGGGUCCAGCAAGAAUGUUCAAGCUUGCCAUUUAGAGGCAAAACUAUAUUAGAUUUUGAGUAUGAACGAGCAGCCCCUACAGAAGUGUCUGUUUUAAGAAGCGAAGCCUUUCCUUAGUAGUCAUGCUGAGCCCAGGCAAGAAGCACUAAAUAAUAACUCAAGUGGUUGUAUUUUACGCUUCACUACUAUUUUUAAGAUCAGAUGGUUUUAAACACUAUUUUUUUAAUCUGUAAAAGUUCUUGCAUUCUUAUCUAUUUUUGUUGCACUAUAUUAAAUAUAAACUCUGUGAUUUGGAA